GCGCGCACUCCCACCUCUUUUCCCCUGCCUCCCACGCCCUUCUCCGCCACGCCGCCCCACCGCAACAACCCUACUCUCCCCGCCGCAGCCGCUCGCCGGAGUCCGUAGCCUCCAGAUUGAGUACGUCUCCGGAGGUCCUACUGGGGGAGGCAGCCUAUGGACGGAGCAGACGCGCCUCAGCCCGCGAGGUCGGGGUCGGGGGUCACCGCGUGCUCCACGUCCACGGCCCUGGGCAGGAUGAACGGCGGCGCCAACGCCAGCAACAACGCCGCCGCCGCAAUGGAGGAGCGCUUCGCUGAUGUCUGCAAGAGGAAGCUAGUGCUCGACGAGAGCACGACGAGGCAGGCGAUGCAGCUGUUUAAGGAGACCAAGAUCAUCCUGCUGUCCAGCAUGUCAUCCUUGGGCAGUGGAUCGCCCGAGGAGAUUGAGAGGUCCUGGUGCGCUUGUGUCCUUUACUGCGUGUCGAAGCUCGGCAACGCAGGGAAGGCCAAGGAAGACCGUGGCAUCACGCUGCGCCAGAUUUUGAGGGCAUUCGAUCUCAAGAUUGUUGAUUUUUUCAAGGAGAUGCCUCAGUUCUGCAUAAAGGUUGGAUUCAUUCUGACUGGUCUCUAUGGUUCAGAUUGGGAGAAGAGGCUUGAGUUACAGGAGCUGCAGGCCAAUCUUGUCCAUUUAUGCUCCCUAGGCCGGCAUUACAGGCGCGCAUACCAGGAGCUAUUCCUCUUAAAUGAUGGCAAACCUGCAAAUAAUUCUUCAGAGCUAAACGUGCAACAAGCUUCUGAAUAUUAUGACUUUGGAUGGUUACUCUUCUUAGUUCUGAGAAACCAAGCAUCAAGCGCCGUGAAGAAUCUUUUAACAUCCACAACUGAGUUGGUUUCUGUGUUGGCUGUGCUUAUUAUUCAUAUCCCCGUGCGGUUAAGGAACUUCAGCAUCGAGGAUUCGUCCUGCUUUGCUAAGAAGUCAGAUAAGGGAGUCAAUCUUAUUGCAUCCCUCUGUGAAAGAUAUCUUACCUCAGAAGAUGAGUUGAGCAAAGCACUGCAGAAGACAAACAUUCUCAUAAAGGAUAUUUUGAAAAAGAAACCAUGCUCGGAUGUUUCAGAGUGCCAGCAGGGCAGUUUAUCGUUUAUUGAUCCAGCUACUUUGUUCUUUGACGCAGAGGGCUUGACGUUUUUCAAGAAUUUUCUCGAGGAAGAUUCAUUGAAAUCAAGUUUGCAGGUCCUGGAAAAGGAAUAUGUGAAUGGACUUGAUACAAAGGGAGAACUAGAUGCACGGAUGUUUGCUAAUGAUGAGGACAGUUUGCUUGGCAGUGGAAGUCUGUCAGGAGGUGCCCUUAAAUUGCCGGGCACAAAGAGAAAGUAUGAUGAUGUUAUGGCCUCACCUACCAAAUCAACAGCAAGUCGAGCCCCAAUGUCUCCUCCACGUUUCUGUCCGUCACCUAAUGGAAAUAGCUUCUGCAACUCAAAGAUGGCUCCUUUCACCCCAGUGAGCACAGCCAUGACGACUGCCAAGUGGCUUCGAAGUACAAUAUCGCCUCUCCCUUCCAAACCUUCUGGGGAGUUGCUGCGAUUCUUCUCUGCAUGUGAUAAGGAUGUAACAGAUGACAUCAUAUGCAGAGCUGCCAUUAUACUUGGAGCCAUAUUCACAGGCAGUUCUUUUGGUGAGCGUAUGUGUACUAGUUUGCGAAACACAAGCGGGAUGGAUGCUAUCUGGACAGAGCAAAGGAAAAUGGAAGCUCUUAAGCUGUACUAUAGAGUUCUGGAGUCAAUGUGCAGAGCAGAGUCACAGAUCUUGAGUGGGAGCAAUCUUACGUCACUUCUGUCUAAUGAGCGAUUCCAUCGUUGUAUGAUUGCCUGUUCUGCUGAGUUAGUUCUGGCCACUCACAAGACAGUCACAAUGAUGUUCCCAGCUGUGCUGGAGAAAACUGGCAUAACAGCUUUCGAUCUGAGCAAAGUCAUAGAGAGCUUUGUCAGACAUGAAGAUUCACUUCCGCGAGAGUUGAAGCGUCAUUUGAAUUCACUUGAGGAGCGACUUCUGGAAAGCAUGGCAUGGGAGAAAGGCUCCUCAAUGUACAAUUCCUUAAUUGUUGCUAGACCUACAUUGUCUGCAGAAAUAAACCGGCUAGGUUUACUGGCUGAACCAAUGCCUUCGCUUGAUGCUAUUGCGGUGCAUCAUGAUAUUUCACUGGGUGGCCUUCCACCUCUCCCAUUUCAUAAGCAACCAGAUAAAGAUGAAGUUAGAUCGCCCAAAAGAGCAUGUACUGAAAGGAGAAAUGUGUUGGUGGACAACUCAUUUAGAUCACCAGUAAAGGAUGUCAUCAAAUCAAAGUUUCUACCUCCUCUUCAAUCGGCGUUUGCAAGCCCAACAAGACCUAAUCCGGCAGCAGGAGGAGAAACAUGCGCAGAGACAGGAAUAGGUGUAUUCUUGAGCAAGAUAACAAAACUUGCAGCCAUUAGAAUCAAAUGUCUCUGUGAAAGAUUGCAACUUAGUCAGCAAAUUCUGGAGCGAGUAUACUCCCUUGUCCAGCAAAUUAUCAGCCAACAAACCGCUCUUUUUUUCAACAGGCACAUUGACCAGAUUAUACUGUGCUGCAUAUAUGGAGUUGCAAAGAUAUCUCAACUAGCCCUUACCUUCAAGGAGAUUAUUUUCAGCUACAGAAAACAGUCUCAAUGCAAGCCACAGGUUUUCCGUAGUGUUUAUGUUAAUUGGCCAUCAAGGAGCCGCAGUGGGAAAAUAGGAGAGGACCAUGUUGAUAUCAUCACUUUCUACAACGAAGUAUUUAUUCCUACCGUCAAGCCUUUGUUGGUGGAUCUUGGACCUGGUACCAGUCCAAACAGAAACAAUGAGCCAAAAAGUGGUGGUGAUGCAGCCCCAUUUCCAGAAUCUCCUCGGCUGUCUAGGUUUCCGAACCUUCCUGACAUGUCUCCAAAGAAAGUUUCUGCCACUCAUAAUGUAUAUGUCUCCCCGCUACGAUCGUCAAAGAUGGACACCCUGCUUUCGCCGAGCUCCAAGAGCUAUUACGCGUGUGUCGGGGAGAGCACCCAUGCAUUUCAGAGCCCCUCCAAGGAUCUGAAUGCGAUUAACACCCGCCUAAACAGCGGGAAGAAAGUUAAUGGAAGGCUCAACUUCGACGUGGUGAGCGAUCUGGUGGUGGCCAGAAGCCUGAGCGACCAGAACGGCGGCUCCGCUGCUGCGAUGGCGGUCUUCGGCACCAAGACGCCGGUAAAGGGCGAGCAGCAGGACCCUUAGCUUGGUCGUGCGGCGUCGCCAUCACGACCUAUAUUGAUACAAAUGCUAAUCUGUUAGGUGUGAGCCUGAUCUAGUAGUGUUAGAUGUUUUAGUCUCUGAUCUGUGUUCCCUAACAUGGGGAGUCACUCUGUGUGAGCAGCUCUUUACUCUUGUGAUAUAUAAAAAGAAGGGCUGCCCUGAGAGAGAGGGACCCGCUAACCUGUGCCGCGUGCAUUCUGACUUUUGAGCCUCUUGGUUUGCAAGGGGUUUAUGCUAAUGUUAGUGAUAAGUAGUAGUACUACCUCUGUUUGUUUCUAAUGUAAGAUGUUUUGACGGUUUAAAUUGAACUGUCGAAACGUCCUACGUUGGUCUAACAGUUUUGUAAAUGAGAGCUGCCUUUUCUUUC